AUGGGUUUGCCUGAUGUUCCUGGUGAGAUCGUCUACGACAUACUCUCAAGACUACCCGUCAAGUCUCUGUGCCGUUUCAAAUCGGUUUCCAAGUCAUGGCUCGCUCUGAUCACCGCCCCUGAAUUCGUCAAGUCACACCUCCAUCAUCGAUCCACAAACGACAACAACAUCAACCAUAAAAUAAUCUUCUGCUCUGGCACUUCCCCCUCCAUGUAUUCCGUAGAUUACCAAGCACCCUAUGACACCGUAACUGAGCUUAAAAGUCCCCCCUGUGAGUAUUAUGUUGAAAUUGUUGGUUCAUUCAAUGGCAUCGUACUCUUACGAAUGGAUGGUGAACUAUGUUUAUGGAACCCAUCAGCCAAAAUGUACCGGAAAUUCUCACCACCAGAGGGUGAAAAUAGGUUUGUAAAGUAUGGGCUUUGUCAUGACUCCGUUAGUGACGAUUUCAAGGCUGUUGGGGUUAAUUCGCGUUUAAGUGAUGGCCGUUCUGCUGUCCAUAUGUUUACUUCUAAACUGAGUUCGUGGAAGAGGAUUUGA